CACCCCCGACUCUUCUCUCUCCCUCCAAUUUCUCUCCAGUCUCCUCGAACGAAUAUUUACUACUUCGUUGCGAAGAAAACCAGAUCUAGGUUUUCCAGAUUCCAUUUAACACCAAUGGCUCUCGAGUGGGUUGUUUUAGGCUACGCCGCGGCCGCGGAGGCCAUCAUGGUCCUCCUUCUCACGAUCCCUGGCCUCGACGGCCUCCGGAGGGGCCUCACCGCUGUUACUCGGAACCUCCUCAAGCCCUUCCUUUCGGUGGUGCCGUUCUGUCUGUUUUUGCUUAUGGAUAUCUAUUGGAAGUACGAGACGCGGCCGAGCUGCGAGGGUGAUUCCUGCACUCCUUCAGAGCAUCUCCGCCACCAGAAGUCAAUCAUGAAGAGCCAGCGCAACGCGUUAUUGAUCGCCUCUGCUUUGAUUUUCUACUGGCUCCUGUAUUCGAUUACUCAUCUCGUGGUCAGGAUCGAGCAGCUCAAUCAGCGCGUGGAGAGGCUUAAGAAUCGGGACUAGAUCGAGUUCUUAUCUCAGAUAAGUGCGUUUUUCUUUGUUUUGCUCCAAUCUUAUAUGUUGAUGAUCAGUAUAUACUGAUCACAUUGAUUAUAGGGAGUUUGUGUUUUAUGGUUUCUUGUAUGUGUAGUUACCUGAGAUGUUUGAUUUGGAUCUUGAACAAGAGUUUGCUUAUCUUCAAUACGCAAGCUUAUUAGUUUCUGAUAAUUAUGUGUUUGAUAUGCGGGAGAUGAAUCUUAGUAAGAAAAUUUGGCCCUGUUUGGAUGUUGGCGUUGGGAA